UAAAAUGCCAUGCAGUGACGUCAUUGGGUUUAGGGGGCCGCGCUGAGUGCCUGUGCUGAAUGUCGGGUUGCGGCGCGUGCACGUGUGCGUGUGUUGAUUUUUUUUCCCCCCUUGCUACAUCAGUCGCUCGUGACGACUACUACACUCUACCCGGUUGUUAAACCUUAGCGACGACGACGUCAACGAUCGCUGCUAAAACGGUUCCAGCUGUUUGUGUGUCCGGUGUCUCUCUCUCUCUCUGUCUAGCUAGCAGACUGACUAACGUUGCUUGUGUUCUCGUUAACUGGCAGCGUUGUCGUCCUUUUUUUUAAACCGCGUUUCCUCACGUUCUGUUAUGUGUGGACGCAACUCUCGCUGACUAACGGAUUAUCCUGCACCCUCUCCUCGGCUGACCGGGAGCCGCCAUGGAAUGCCGCGUUCUGUCCAUACAGAGCCAUGUAGUCCGGGGGUAUGUGGGCAACAAGAGCGCCUCUUUCCCAUUACAGGUUUUAGGAUUUGAGGUGGACUCAAUCAACUCUGUGCAGUUCUCCAACCACACAGGUUAUUCUCAUUGGAAAGGCCAGGUGUUGACAGCAGACGAGCUCCACGUCCUUUACGAGGGAAUCAAACUGAACAACGUACACCACUAUGACUAUGUUUUAACAGGGUAUACCAGAGACACAUCCUUCUUGGAGAUGGUGGUGGACAUUGUUCAGGAGCUAAAGAGGGCCAACCCCAACCUGGUGUAUGUAUGUGACCCUGUCCUUGGGGACCAUGGAUCUAUGUAUGUUCCUCAGAAUCUUUACCCGGUCUAUAAGAACAAGGUGGUUCCUGUUGCUGACAUUAUUACCCCCAACCAGUUUGAGGCCGAAUUAUUGACAGGGAAAACUAUCAGUACAGAGAAAGAUGCUGUAGAGGUCAUGGACCUUCUCCACGCUAUGGGCCCAGACACAGUGGUCAUCACCUCCUCUGAUCUCCCCUCCAGACUGGGAGACCGCUUCCUUGUGUCACUGGGCAGCCAGCGUCAUGUUCGUCCAGACGGCAGCAGGACGACACAGAGAGUUCGAAUAGAAGUUCCCAAAGUGGACGCUGUCUUCGUAGGAACCGGAGAUUUGUUUGCUGCUAUGCUGCUAGCAUGGACACAUCACCACCCUAAUGACCUAAAGACGGCCUGUGAGAAGACAUUUUCAGUGAUGCACCAUGUUAUCCAGAGGACCAUAUCUUAUGCUCACGAGUUAGCAGGUCCUGGUCGGAGGCCCAGUCCGCCCCAGCUGGAGCUGAGGAUGGUUCAAAGUAAAGCCGACAUAGAAGACCCUGCCAUUGUUACGGAGGCCACAGUCAUAUCCUAACAUUGCCGACCCAUAAGACUCAUACUAACCUUGCCCUCUUCACCCAUAAAUCUCUCAAAUCAUGUAUCUCGGUAAAACUCUCAUCAUCAUCCAGACUCCUUAAACACCUUAGUAUUGUAACCCUCUUUAGUCCUUUAGCCCCUUUAAGUCCUCAGUGUCCUAUGCCCUUAAACCUCUGUCCCCUUUUACCCUACCCCUGUUAUGGAACCAGAGCCAUCGAUAGACUGAAGGUUUGGUCAGGAUGGACUGUGAUGGCCUGCGUCUUUUCUAACAGGAUCUGAGAGUGGAGUUCAUAGUUGUUUAUUAGAAAGAGUCAGGAUUUUAUUGAUAUUUCUCACUCAAGAUUUCCUUGAUAUUGAACUGAAAAAGCACAAUUCUUAAAAUGCAUGUAUAAGGGUGAAACAGGGUUCAGUCCUUGGAGUAAUAUUGGUAUUUUUCACAUUUGAAUACCUUACCACAAAACACGGGGACCUCCUGGAUGACUUAUUGAUCUGAUGUAGCAUUCAGAAACAAAACAGCAAAUUCACAGUUAAAUUGGUCCACAAUCCACAGUGAGUUGAUUCCAGCUGCUGAAUGUUAACUCUAAACUCUACCUCUAAGCUAUUUAAUAGAAACUUGCCUACUGUCUUGCUCUGUUACUGCCACUCCCCUCAACUCACAUACUGUUUAUUUCUGACAUUGUUGCACUCUUUACAGUCCACGGCUGUUGCCAAUAGUCAGGAUUUCAGCAACAUAACAUUGUUUUGACGAACUUUAAGAAUAUAAUGAUCAAACACGGUUUAUCAAUGGCUCUGCACACGACUACUUCGACCCCCUCCUUGUCUUACAGCAGUGAUGUAAUGGUGACCAAGUCUAACCCCUGAGACCCCUUGAAAAUAUAACAAAGGAAAAAAAAAACGCACAAUGUAUAGUUGAUGUAUAGAUGUUGUACUAUAACUGUAUCGGACCAUCUGUAUGAUAUCUUCUAUAUGAUCUGUCUAUUGGACCAUUGUGUUGAUGCUACUGUACUAUAGACCAUACGUACCACAAUAUCACUCAAACCAGAAACAGCCGGGCUGGCUGUGGCACGCCGGAGGCUCGCGUUGUUGUCACUUGUUAGUAACUGUCUACUAGUCAUAGUGUAGAGUUAAAUCUCCUUUAUCUUAACUCAACAUAAAGAAAAAAAGGGCAACCUGAGCUGUCAUUCAGCCAAUCAGAAAACCGGCUGCCUCAGUGCCGGAACCAGCCCACAUCACGCCGGGCGGUUAGUGGCCCAGCUCUGGCCCAGAACCCUAUAUCUGAGAUGGGUUGUGCCACUGAAUUACCUGGAGGCCUCGGGAAGUUAUAAAGUUCCCUCAGAGCAAGCAGAAGCACUGUAAAAAACUAGUCUCAACAUGAAUCUUUAAAUGAAUCAUAAGAUUAGAGAUUUGGAGUAAUUUCUUAAUUUCAUUUUUAGCCCGAAAAUUUUAAGGAGAUUCAGUUUUUAUUGAGAAGAUAUAGUGAUCAAAAGCAGGAAAUCCUCAGAUUCAAGAUAACAGAACUAGCACCUUUGACAUCUAUAAAAAUUCUCUGCAGUAUCUUCUAUAUGAGUGGUACUCGCAUUAAAACUUCGAUUAUUUGUGAUCUGACUUACCUAGUAUGUGAUAUGUAAACGUAUUGAUAGUAUAACUAAAUCUUUUAUUUCAGAAAAUCAAAGACUGAAACUAGCUACUGAACUAGCUAGCUUAACUUUCCUCCUUGAAGUUAUUGUGAUUUACUCCUCAACUCGGAAUUGCAAUACACUGUUGUCCACAGUGAAGUAGGAUUCAAACGAGAUGAGAUCUUAACAAGCGACUGUGGUCAUGAGCCGGAUUCAAACCAAUAACGUCGCAAGAACUUGGCAUGUGCCUUAGCCCACUGCGCUACCAGGGCUCCACAGGAAAUGAGAUUUUACGUUUUUUUUUUUUUUUUUUAAAGUCACCUCCAGGGUAUUUUUUAUUGUUUUGUUUUUUUCUUUCUUUCUUUUGAUUUCAGAUUUCAACAAUAUAUUGGCAACAUGAAACUAACUAAAGUGGUUUUGGAAACCAAAUAAUAAGAGGCUUAAAAAAAAAUCAAAAUAAAAAAUCCAGAUGUUAUCAGUGUCCAACCUGAGCUGGAUGUAAGGUUCUGGGCAGGCCAGUGUAAUUCUGUACUGCUGUUGUUUCUCUAUGGACUGUACUGUGAUACUGCCUUAGGAACCUAACAUCAUAACUUCACAAUACUGCUCACUGAAGAAGAGGUGGAGAGGGAGGAGGAGGAGAGAAGGAAGCAUGAGACGUCUUAAAAGUAGGAACUUCUUGACAACAAGUUUUUGUUCUACAACUAUUCAAGUACCGUGCAAGGACUGAUUUUUUUAUUUUUUAUUUUUUUCUCUUUUAUUAUAGAUUAGUCUUGAUCAACAGAUAUGUUAUUUGGUUUACACACUGACAGAUGUUCAUCACUGUUUCCCUCAAAAGUCCCAAAUAUUAAAUUAACAAUAUAAAAGAGAGAACACUUGUGGUUUAUAAAUGACUGUUGUUUUUAGGGCUGUUUACAGACACUGAAAUGUGACCAGAAUACACCUCUUCAACUAAUGGGUGAACCAAAAAAACAGUUGAAUUUGAAUUAGAUUUUUGUACCAGUACAGUUAUAUCGUCCCACUUUAGCAGCGAUUGUCAUAUCAUCAUCAGGCUGCUGUGUCUGUGCGUUUGACCAGCCAGCUCUCAGCUCUGCUGGAAUCAAUGUGUGCACUAUCCAAACCUCUGCUUCCUCUCAACACACCAGUCAGCUGUAUUAGUGGGUCAACCUGUUGUGUCUGUGCGUGUUGUGUGUGUGGGAGAGUGUACGUACAUGUGUUUAUAACUGUCUUCAUGGUCACAGGGUUUUUUUGUGUAUGUGAGUGCAUGAGAAAUGAGAGUAAACCCCUGAAAAGAAAAGUGAUGAUAUAUGAGUGAGGAGGUUUUUUAAAAAAAAUAAUUAAAAAAGAGGAGGGGAGGUGACAGUGAUUCUGGUAUUUCCCGUCUGCUAAACAAAGUACAAUCUUAUAUGUUUCCAUGAUGUCUCACCUUGCCUCUCUCUUCCUCACCACCCUACAUAACUGCAACGCCAGUCAUCAUGUCUGUAUUGCUAGUUUUUGAACCUUAGCCUCGCUGUGUGCGUGUCCGUGAGUUAGAUGGUUAUACUGUACUGUCCUCAUAUUUCUCUGGUAGAUUCUCCUGACCCCUCCCUUCUUUGUCCCACACUGCUCCGUGCCAUUUUUAAAAAGUAACUCUUCCUCUGUUGUAAUUGCAUCUGUUGACUCACAGCACAUGCAAUUCUCCCACUAAACAUCUGGACAGUUGCAUCAGCUCUUCAUAUUGAGCAGCACCAGUAGAAGUUGAGAAACGAGUUGGGCAGCUAACAUUUAAUUCAGCAAACAUCUGGAAGAGCACCCAAUCUAAUCACACGUUUAAGAGGCUAAAUUAUAUAUUAAAUUAUUCCUAAUCUCUUUGGUACUAACUUUUACAACCAAAGAUUUAUUGAUCAUUUAAAAUCUGAUCCCAAUCAGGUGUGGUCAAAACUACAAAGCCUAGUGAAUCUUUGUAAUGUUGAACUCAUCAAGGCUAGGAACAGCUGGUGCAGCCAUGAUCUGGUUAAUAAUCCACAGUUUCUCCUGGGCCUGAUUCAGGGCUGACUUGCUGCUUCGUCUUCAAUACUCCACCACUGUGGGAUACCGUAAAGAAUUAUCUUAAAUGUUGGCGGUUUUAUGUCAGUUUCAGUGUGCUGUCACACUUGUUUGACCAGCCACAGUUGACGAAAUGGGAGGUGCAGCCAGCAGAUAUGUGGAUCAUAGAGUUAGCAUCACUUUUACCCAAUUCUCUUGCUGUUAACAUAGAUCUUGAUAUAUCCAAAAAGCAUAGCUAAAACAAAGGCAACUGGACUUGAUAAGUUUCUUGUUUAGGUUUUGUGAGUAACAUCAGUGGAGCAGCACAUUUGAAGUAAUAAAAAGUUUUACAGAGUUUAAUAAUCCCCUCGGUUGAAAUGUCUUGAAGAAAACUCAUAAAGCUGUAGCUUUUUUUUUGUAUAUACCAUGACCUGGAUGACUGAGAACUAAAGACUAAAUUGUAUGAUUGAUGCUACAAAUGAAAGCAGCUGCAAGGUCUGCGAAGUAGAGAUGAUUUAUUUUAUAUCCAACAUGCGCAACUAAGUGAACAAUAACAAUCAGGAUGCUGCAGUGGACUCUGUCCUAAUCAGGCCCUCCACCUCUCUGCCUGUAAUUUAAAUGGAUACAUGACUGCUUGACCACCACUCUCAAUGCUUUCCUCCAAUCACAACCCCCCUUCUCUGUACCUCUCGCGAUACACUUCACCCUUCCCUCGUCCCCAUUUGUUUGAUUACAAAAGUGACCAUCACUAAAAACUGCAACUGUCCAACCAUUUGACUCCACCUGUGGUUCUCUCUUCUCCUCCUGGUCCACGGUCUCAUCCCCACCAUGUUGUUUUCUUCUGUUCUCGGUGGCCAAAACAAAACGAGGAAAUGUAAUAAUCAUUGUUUGGUAACUGUUUUUAGUGCUAUGUUUUUGGAGCGUUUCGAGUAUUUUCUAACAUGUUACAAUAAAAGAUUGUAGUGUACAAAUUCACAUUUAUAAAGUAUAUAUAUAUAGAUAUAUAUGAGAAAUGUAUGUUCUAAUGCAAUAAAGAGAGAUUAAGAAACAUAAAAA